AUGGGUACAUAACAAUCUACAGGAUAUGAUUUAUCAUAAUAUUAAUAUAUAGAUGAAGUUAUUGAUCCAAUAUAUGGAGAAGGUAAGUUAUUUUAAAAGCAUGAGACAGGAGAGAUAAUAUGUCUUAUUGAAAAAAUGAUUUAAGAGGAAACAAAAAAUUAAGAAAUGUCAAUUAAGUUAGAUCAUCCAAAUCUAUUAAAAAUUUAUCAUUAAGAAAUAAGUUUAAUGAAAGAAUUAUGUUCAUCUAUUACUAAAUUAACUAUUGUAUAUGAAUUUACAAGUCUAAAUUUAAUUACCAAUAUUAAUCAUAGAAGAACUAAAAAUAUUCCAUUUACAUAAAAACAAUUAUGGGGUCUUUUACUUUAAUCAUUGAAUGUCUUAAAUUAUCUUAAAUAAUUUGAUAUAUAUCCUAUGGAUUUAAAAUAAAUGAUGAUUUCUAGUUAAGGUUCUAUUAAAUUUCAUUCAAUAUAAUCUAAAUAAUUGAGUAAUUACAAAAAAUUAUUCUAUAAUUUAACAGAUCAUAUUCACAUUUCUCCUGAAGAAUUAAUAUGUUUAAAAAGAAGAGACACUAUUCUGAAUUUGGAUUAUGAAAAAUGUGAAUUAUUCUAAUUAGGUUUAACAUGUUUAUAUGCUGCUUCUUUAGUAGAAACAAAUGAUAUUUUUGAUCUAAAAACAUUUUCAUAUUCAUAGAAUACAAUUUAAUAAAGAAUUUAAUAACUUCAAUACUCAACAGAUUUCAAAUAAACACUUAAUAAAAUGUUAAAUCAUGAUCCCUUAAAUAGAGGUACAUUCUAUACUUGGUUAAAUUAAUUAUCAUAAAUAGAUGUUGAAAAUAAUUUGUUAUUAUUAUAAAUUAAGGAUCAAUAAAAUAAUCCAAAAAUAAAUAAUUUAAAAUCAGUUAAUUAAUUUUCAGAUUAUCAAAUAGAAUAUAUGCCUUAAAAUUAUCCUUAAAGAAUUCCUGAUGCUAUUUAAUCUUAAUACUUAAUUUCAUUAUAAUCAAAUUUACCAGCAUCAAAUCCUCCUUAAGGAAUUUUACAACAAAAACCUUUUCAUAUAGCAACUCCUGAUUAAUCUAGAAUUUCUAAAGAUAUUAAGAGAUCACAAUUAUCUUUACAACAUCAAAAUGAUAAUAAUAAAAGUGAAUAAUAAUUUUUUUAAGAAUCAGGACCAACUGUUUAAACUUAAAAUGAUGAAAACUUUGAUAAUGAUUAAUUAAAAUAAUAGCCAUUUGAUCUUAAUCAUAAUCCAAAUUAUUUUUCUAAUUUAUAAGCCAAAAAUAAUGUUGUUAAAAAUUCAUAAUAUCCAAUUUAAAUGCCAACCUUUUCUUCUAAUAUUUAAACUCAAUAACCAUAUAAAGCAUAUAAUGUAUUACAAUAGAAUAAUUAAUAUACUUAAUAAAUAUAAGUUCAAAAAUAAUCACAAAUAUCAUAAUAAAGUAACAAAAGUUAAAGAGAAGAGAGAAUAGAAUAGGCAGUAAAAUCAUCCAAAAUGGCAAUACAACAAUUCGAAUAUGCUCUUUAAUCAGCAUCAAAAGGUUAGCGUCCUAGUAAUAUUUGA